AUGGAAUUCCUGAAACACGAUUUCUUCGUGCCAGUCGAUGAAACAAAUGAAUGUCAAUCUGAACAGAACUAUUUCGAAGGUUUACCAUAUCAAGUGGAUGGUGUCCAUCAAGAGGUGGUACACCCAUGUUUCCCAAUAUUCUAUGACUACAGACAGAUUGAAAGGCAAGAGGACGUCGGGGUCAACCACUGGGACUGGUCCGAGUGGAACGAGCGUCAGGUUUUUGUGAAAGUGGAAUCGGAUUUGGAUACAUCUGGCGGUAUUUCGAGUUACAGUGAAGAAGACGUGCGUUCGGAGAAUAGCAGUCGCAAGGAGCGUACAGCUUUUACAAAAGUUCAGAUCCGUAGUUUGGAGGAGGAGUUUGCGAGAGCCAACUAUCUGACGAGGUUGCGUCGUUACGAGAUAGCCGUGGCUCUCAAUCUCACUGAACGACAGGUUGCAGGCCCGUAUCUUCUGCUAAAGUCUUACAUGGUGUUAAAGGUUCAUCAAAAGAUUGAACAACUGGAGUUGGAGUAUUGCGCGGUUCAUUAA